AUGGAGAAGUCUCAGGAUCAACAACGACUGAACGAGUUUCCUACUCGAAGGCGGCUACGAUGGAUUUUCAUCAUUGUGAUUUCUGCUGCACUAGUAUACAAGCACGCGCCCUCUAUCUAUAUAACUGACAGUGACAUGCCGUCUGCAUAUGCUCUAUGCACGCCGUCGAACAGUGUAUACACCGUGGACAACUUCGAUUCCAAAGUUGAUUGCAUCCUUGUUGAUGGACCCACGAUCAUAGCCACAGGAAGUGAAGAGGAUCUUCAUUCUGUCUGGGUUGCUCGUAAUCCAGAUAAAGACUUGAAGACCUUCUACACCAAGCCUGGGUCCAUCGUUGUUCCGGGUCUCUCAGAUGCGCACGCGCACGUCCUUGAGUGGGGUUUUAAGCAACAGCUUCCUCUCGAAGACUGUCGGUCGGUAGAUGAGGUCAUCGCGAAAAUCAAGGGAUACAUUUAUGCCCACCCUGAUAUCUUGGGCGACUCUACGCGUUGGAUUCAAGGACUGGGAUGGGAUCAAACCAAAUGGCCGACUAACAAAUUUCCUACUGCAGAUGACUUCGACCGUGACCCACUCUUGCGUGGGCGUCCCAUUGCUCUAUCUCGCAUCGAUGUACACGCAUCAUGGGUGUCACACAGUGUCCUCAACCAAAUGGGAGAGCUUCCUCGUGAAGUCGAUGGCGGGGUCAUCAUGCGUGAUGACAACGGAAAGCCUACUGGUAUACGGAACACAUUCGGCUCUUUUAGCCAUAGACUGAAUCCAACAUGUUGCUACACAGGCGUGUUCGUGGACAAUGCGAUGUCACUCGUACCUGUUCCCCCUUGGUCUGAAGCGCAGAUGUUGGCUUAUUUUGAGAUUGCCAUGCACGACGCUUUGAGCGUAGGCUUGACAAGUGUGCACGAUGCUGCAAGCUCUCCCGAAGUUAUACAAUUCUUUCAAAGAGUCGCAGACGAGGGAACACUCCCGAUCCGGUUAUAUCUUAUGGGAAAUGUCGAGUCUGAUACGUAUUGGGGCCCACAAAUCCCGCGUCUCGUCGACUAUGGACGUGAUAGACGCUUGAAUGUCCGAGGCGUCAAACUGUUCACAGAUGGUGCUCUUGGAUCGUGGGGUGCAGCGCUCUUAGCCCCUUACUCGGACAACCCCACUACAGCUGGGCUCAUGCGUAGCUCAGCAGAUGCCCUACGGGGUUUGGUAGAGAAAUUCCAUGAAGAUGGCUGGCAGGUGAAUGUACACUGUAUCGGUGAUCGUGCGAACAAGAUUGUCCUGGAUAUAUUUGAGAGCAUAAUCAAGUCUCGAUCUAUCGAUGUGGAUCAUUGGCGUCCUCGCAUCGAGCACGCGCAAAUCAUGGAAAUGGCCGAUUUGGAGAGAAUUGGGCGACUGGGGGUAAUCGCCAGCGUGCAGCCAACGCAUGCCACCAGCGACAUGUGGUAUGCUGAAGAUCGCUUGGGGCCGGAAAGAAUCAAAGGCGCAUAUGCUUAUCAAAGUCUCCUACAAGCAUCGCGUAAGAAUAUCUUACCCCUUGGCUCAGACUUUCCUGUGGAAGGCAUAAAUCCAUUGCUUGGGUUCUACGCCGCUGUGUCGCGGCUAUCUGUGCGCGGCGAUUCACCGAACGGGACUUCUGGAUGGUAUCCUGCAGAGGCUCUUACCCGUAUUCAGGCUUUGCGCGGGAUGACGCGGGAUGCAGCAUACGCUUCGUUUGGCGAGGACGAGCGUGGGGUGCUAAGAGCCCAUUUUAAGGCGGACUAUGUCGUGUUAGACCGGGACAUCGUUAGCGAAGAAGUCCCGGUGAGCGAGAUUUUGAAGGCGAAGGUUUUGGCGACGGUUGUAGAUGGUAGGGUGAUGUUUGGGAAGAUAUCUUGA